AUGGCGUUUGUCAGGCCUAGGAACGUAGAGCCAAGUUUUGUAAAGACAGAAAACUACGAGACAGCUCUAGACAGAAAACUAAGAGACAGUUCUAGACAGAAAUCUAAGAGACAGACAGAAAACUACGAGACAGUUCUAGACAGAAAACUACGAGACAGUUCUAGACAGAAAUCUAAGAGACAGACAGAAAACUACGAGACAGCUCUAGACAGAAAACUACGAGACAGUUCUAGACAGAAAUCUAAGAGACAGACAGAAAACUACGAGACAGUUCUAGACAGAAAACUACAAGACAGUUCUAGACAGAAAACUACGAAACAGACAGAAAACUACGAGACAGCUCUAGACAGAAAACUAAGAGACAGUUCUAGACAGAAAUCUAAGAGACAGACAGAAAACUACGAGACAGCUCUAGACAGAAAACUAAGGGACACAGAAAACUACGAGACAGCUCUAGACAGAAAACUAAGGGACACAGAAAACUACGAGACAGCUCUAGACAGAAAACUAUGGGACACAGAAAACUACGAGACAGCUCUAGACAGAAAACUAUGGGACACAGAAAACUACGAGACAGCUCUAGACAGAAAACUAUGGGACACAGAAAACUACGAGACAGCUCUAGACAGAAAACAAUGGGACACAGAAAACUACGAGACAGCUCUAGACAGAAAACUAUGGGACACAGAAAACUACGAGACAGUUCUAGACAGAAAACUAUGGGACACAGAAAACUACGAGACAGCUCUAGACAGAAAACUAUGGGACACAGAAAACUACGAGACAGUUCUAGACAGAAAACUAUGGGACACAGAAAACUACGAGACAGCUCUAGACAGAAAACUAUGGGACACAGAAAACUACGAGACAGCUCUAGACAGAAAACUAUGGGACACAGAAAACUACGAGACAGCUCUAGACAGAAAACUAUGGGACACAGAAAACUACGAGACAGCUCUAGACAGAAAACAAUGGGACACAGAAAACUACGAGACAGCUCUAGACAGAAAACUAUGGGACACAGAAAACUACGAGACAGUUCUAGACAGAAAACUAUGGGACACAGAAAACUACGAGACAGCUCUAGACAGAAAACUAUGGGACACAGAAAACUACGAGACAGUUCUAGACAGAAAACUAUGGGACACAGAAAACUACGAGACAGCUCUAGACAGAAAACUAUGGGACACAGAAAACUACGAGACAGCUCUAGACAGAAAACUAUGGGACACAGAAAACUACGAGACAGCUCUAGACAGAAAACUAUGGGACACAGAAAACUACGAGACAGUUCUAGACAGCCUACGGCGUGAAGGGGGUGGGUGCUAA